AUGGAUAUGCCUGAUGAGAUGAUGCUUGAGAUCUUCUCAUGGUUACCUGCAAAAUCUAUCUGCAAAUUCAAGUGCGUCAACAAAUUCUACAGCACUGUUUCUUCAGAGGACACAUUUUUUAUCCAGAAGCAAUCCCAGAAUGCCUUGCUAAGGGAUGACUCAUGUUUCUUUCUGCAACCAAGCUCAGCUCAUAGAUAUAGUGCAGAAAUUGAGUUCCAUCACCUAAAUUCAAAGGACCCAAUAUCUGGUGUUUCUCAUGAGUUCUUACAAUUUUUGGAAUAUUAUCCAGCUCGCAGGAUUGUUGCUUCAAGCAAGGGCUUGAUUCUUGCUCUUAAUGAUAAAGAGCUAUUCAUCUGCAACCCAGUAACACAAUCAUGGCUUCCUAUUCCCACUCCAGACUUUUUGAAAAAAUACCCAGAUGCUGUUCUUAAUCUUGCAUUAGAGUGCAACAUUCAAGACUCAAACGAUUUCACGUUACUUCUAUUUCAAGCUCAAGAUGAGUGGACUUCUCAAUAUCAUGAUUUGAAAUUUUACUCUGUAAAGGAAGGCACGUGGAAAGCAAUUGAAGCAGGUUUCUUCACUGGACGCAGACCGUUGAGAUUCGACAUGCAUGUUUAUCAUAGAAAAGCCCUCCACUUCAUAUCAGAUUCUCUGCCUUUCUCUGCAACAAAUAUAUAA